UCUUCUUCUCUCCCUCCAGAGUGACAUCAUGGAGCGUUACGAGUCUCUGGGUCUGGUUGGCGAGGGGAGUUACGGCUCGGUGCUGAAGUGCCGUCAUCGGGACUCGGGCCGACUCGUUGCCAUCAAGAAGUUUGUGGACUCAGACGAUGACAAGACGGUGAAGAAAAUCGCUCUGAGGGAGAUCAAGCUGCUCAGGCAACUUCGUCACGGCAACCUGGUGAACCUUCUGGAGGUGUGGAAGCGUCGCCGGCGAUGGUAUCUGGUGUUUGAGUUUGUGGAGCGGACUCUCCUCGAUGAUCUGGAGCACAACCGCAGUGGACUGGACCUGAACACCAGCCGUCAGUAUCUGUACCAGGUCCUGAGGGCCACAGCGUUCUGCCACCAGCAGAAUAUCAUCCACCGUGACAUUAAACCAGAGAACAUCCUCAUCUCUCAGGAGGGCGUGGUCAAGCUGUGCGACUUCGGCUUCGCCCGCACCUUAGUAGGCGACGUCUACACCGACUAUGUCGCCACUCGCUGGUACAGAGCUCCUGAACUGCUGGUGGGAGACAUCAGAUAUGGAAAACCAGUAGACGUGUGGGCUGUCGGUUGUCUGUUAUUAGAGAUGUUCACAGGUCAGCCUCUGUUUCCCGGAGACUCAGACCUUGACCAGAUUUACCACAUCAUCAGGUGCUUUGGUAACCUGACAGCUCACCACCAGGAGUUGUUCUACAGGAAUCCUGUUUUCUCAGGAGUCAGGUUGCCUGAAUGUUAUGGUCAAGUCCUGCUGAACCAGCGCUUCCCUACAGUCACUUCCGCUGCCGUAGACCUGGCACAGAGCUGUCUCCAGAUGGAUCCAGAAAGACGAGCUCAUUGUUCCGAACUGUUAGAACAUCCUCUGUUCACACAAGACUCUUUCCACAUCAGGUUCUUGAAUGAGCUAAAUGCUAAGAUCCAAAAGGACCACAGAGAAAACUCUAACCUUCCUAAAAUAACCAAAACCCCAAGACGCGAAAAGGAAGAAAGGAAUGAGCAAAACCAGAGAGGCAAGAAACAACUGGAAGAUGUGAGUGAGAAAGUUUACAAGGAAAUAGAGAAGAAAGACAAGAAGGAAGAAGAGAAGACGGAGAAAACUAAAAGAAGAGCAAAGUUUUCUAAAACGACUCGGAACACCUCCGAACCUUUAAUGACCAACAAACAAUCCAGGACGUUCACAGGCAAAGUCUUCCAAAAUGCAGCAAGAGCUUCAGUAGCCAUGAAAAGUAAAACAGGAAAAUCAACUGGUGCAGGGUUAAGGAAGGAACUCCCUAAAUCAGAGAAAACACUCACUACUGAUUCAUCUCAAGGCUCCAAGACGGCAACAGGUCUGAAGGACAAUAACUCAGACACAGAAGAACCUAAACAUGAGAAAGAUGCUUCUCCAGAACCAAGAGAAGAUCAUUUACAAAGCACAAAGAAUACACAAGAUGUAGACUCCACUGGCUUCUAUUCUAGUUGCACAGACACAGCCGUGUCAAGUGAAAAAAAUGUGAUGGACAUCUGUAGAUCUUCUAAUUCAAAGUCAAGUCAAGAGUAUAUGAAGAAGAGCUGGAACAACCCAAACCUGAGAGUUCCCAAAAUGUCUAAAAGCUCCACCACAGACCAUGUGAGUUUAUCUUUGAAACGCUUCCACCAAGCAGCACUUGAAGCAUGUCAGCCGUCAAGCAGCGACCACACUGAGGCCAGCACCCUCAACAAACCUACUGACACCAAGCCAUGCGAGAUUCUUCAUUCUUCAGAACAUCAAAACAACCAACUGACCACAGAGCGAACAAGGACUUCUGAAUGUUCAAAAGUCUCAAACUCAGGUCCAGAAAUGACCAGAACCAACACGUCUUUGUCCAUCAAUCCGUCAGGGACUCAUACCUCAGAUCUUAAAGAGGCCCCUCCUGCACACAGCACUAUGACACUACCCAAAGGAACUUCAAAUCAAAGGUUAUACAAAACUGACUUGACUUCAACUGCUAAACCCUCAAAUGACACCACAUGUGCACCCAACAAACCCUCAGAGGACCUUCCAAAAGACAAGGACCUUGUGGAAGUACUGAUUGAAACCAAAAAUCAACAGGGGAGUUUUAAAACAGAGGUUCACAAAUACUUAAAAACGAGCCCAGCAAAAAGAGCAGCUGGAGACCACAUGCCAAUAUCCAUCAACCAAGAUCCUGAACCUUCUGAGUUCUGCAGUGUUCAUCCACAGAGCUCUUCUAAAUCCAAGAUCGCCUCCGAGUCCAGGACACCCUCAAACCCAACGCUGAGCGAAAUCCCUAAAGCUAACACGUCAAUUCUGAAAACACUGAGAAUCUCAGAUAAAGAGAACAGAGAGGAUUUAGCGCUUUCUGUGUCCAUCAGUGCAACAACCAGGUCUUCAGGAAAUGAAACCUCAAAGCUUUCUGGAAUCUCAAGUAACACGGAAAAGCAUAAAAGCAACGAAGUCGAGUCUGAUGUAAAAUCCUUUAGAGUCCCUCACUCCAAAUCUAUGAUUGGACAAUCUCAGGCAAAGCUUUGGUCUUUUGGCAACAACACGUCCACUGCAACCGUGAAGACAAGGAAGAAAAGUGACAACGAGAGGAAUGACUCUGUUUCCACGACCUCAGAGUCCACGUCAGUCCCUUCUACAUCAACUCCAGACCAUAAAGCUUCGAAGAGAAGUUUCGUCCUUCAUAACAUGGACACUGCAGAUAUACUCCAUUCCUCUCCACCACCUCCUCCUCCUUCCUCCACUCCUCUGCUCCUCCCCCCGUCCUCCACUACUCUUAUCCCCUCGGUCUCUGUCAUCUAUACCAACAUCCGAGCCGUCAGUGAUCACCUCAGCCUGGGGACAGCUUUCCAUAAUGGAAACCACAGUCUCAGGUCUGUAGAUAAAACAAAGCAUCGUGGUGUCGUUUGUAGUCGACUGGUCCAACCGUCUCUGUCGAGCCACGUUCCAGCAUCACUAACAUCGAAGGUGUCCGCUAACACUUUGAUCAGCGAGCGCUCCUUCCUGACGGAUCGUUGUAACGUCGGUAACAGCAGUGGUGUCGUCGUGGCCAGAAAGAAGUCAGACGUCCAUUUUCCAGAUUUGAGCAACUCGAGAGGACGAGAUGGCAAACACAACAAGGGCGUCACCAUGGAGACAAGGAAAGACUGCGUUUCCCCGUCAGAUCGACAGCAGCACAGAAACGACGUAUAACCAGACGUCACGUCCAUCCUGAAACACCCGCUUCGUUCUUCUAACCAGUUAAUCAAUGAAAAUUCAUUUGUUUGUAAACUGUUGAAAUACACAAACGUCAACCUGAACAGUGACGACUUCACAUGAAUAAAAUGAUGCUCCUUUAUUGAGCGUUAGCGGUGGAUACAUUUAGCUAACGUGGAGAAUCCAGCUGGGGAUUAGUGUCAUAUAUCAAACUACUGACGAUAAACAAAGAUCAGAGACUGUAAGAAAAGAUACAACACGUCCUGAAAUGAAGUUAUGUCGUCCAUCUUUAUUUACAGUCUGUGUAUUAAACCAAAUACGAAGAUAGGGUUAUGAUUUUUAAGCAUCUUAAAUGAAACACGACAACGAAAACAUUGUAUAGUUUUUUUAAUGGCAAUUCAUAUUUUUUUUGUUGAUUAAACAUUUUUAAAACAGGUAAUUAAUGUGUAAAUAGUUUUUUUAAAUGAAGACUGGUUGUGUUGUCCCAAUAAUUAAUAUCAACUCAAGAAGAACUAAAACAAAACUGUAUAAACUUUUCCAUGAAUCUUA